CUGCAUUAAUAGAUCACACGCACAUGUGCAGACUCCACUGAUGUUAUCACUUUCUCACGAGUUAAUAAUUAACUGAGCUGCUGCAAUGAUUACAACGAUCUGUAUUUUAAUGUGUCUGUUUGCAGUCUGAGUGGAUUUGAGCAGUGCAGAUUCAUUAUGGCAGCUUUGCGUGCAGCAAAACAAGCUUUAAGAAGAGAAAUCAAGAGUCGAGUGGCUGCAGUGAGUGAUCAGGAGAAACUCAGGCAGUCUCGAGUUGUCUCACAAAAGUUGUUCAGGCAUCCCAAAUACCUGUCCAGCCAACGUGUCGCUGUCUUCCUGAACAUGCAUGAUGAGGUGCGCACAGAGGAGAUCAUCAAGGACAUCUUCAAGAGGGGGAAAGUAUGCUUCAUUCCCAGAUACUUCACCAAGAGCAGUCAUAUGGACAUGUUACGACUUCAAGACAUGGAGGACAUGAACACGCUGCCCCUCACAUCCUGGGACAUCCGGCAGCCAGCAGACGAGGACACCGACAGAGAGGAAGCCCUAGAUAUAGGAGGACUAGAUCUUAUCCUCAUGCCUGGUUUGGGAUUUGAUAAGAACGGGAAUCGGCUUGGCAGAGGAAAGGGUUUCUAUGACACGUAUUUGGAGCGCUGUAGGACGCACCCUAAGGGAAAGCCGUACACCAUUGCCUUGGCUUUCAAAGAGCAGCUGUGUGCUGAAGUCCCAGUGGGUGAACAUGAUAUUCUUAUUGAUGAAGUCCUCUAUGAAGACGAGUAAUGAACUGGACCACUCCGAGCAUGAUUUCAGGGCUGUUGAUUUGAAUCCAAAGGAUUCCUAACAAUAUGGAUCCUGUUGCUGGAUGAAACGCAUUAAAUCUCUUUGAACGCAAUCCAUAUGUUCAAAUCAUAUAAUGUUUGCAUGGAGACUCUUUUCAGAAAAGCUUCAAAGUAUCUUUAUCAAUAGAAGAUUGACCAAACUCUGACAUUCUUAAAAAUAGUGGUCCUUUAUUGGCAUCGAUGGUUCCAUGAAGAACCUUUUAACAUCCAUGGGACCUUUCAAUUCCAAUAUAGGUUCUUUAUAGAGGAAAAAGGUGCUUUGAUUUGAUUAAAAAAAUGCUUCUUUAAAGGUUCUUGGGGAACCAAAAAUGAUUCUUAUGGUGUCGCUACAAAAACACUUGUUUAAAAAGCUUUUUAAGAGUAUACCAAAAGGCUAAAUAUGCAGUCUGUCCUGACAUUAACUCUUUCCCCACCGUUGAUGAAAUUGACAAUGCUUCCCUGCCAUUGACAGAAUUUCCCGGUUUUCUUUGUUUUUUUAGUUAUACAGUAGAGUACGCUAUUAUGCAUCUUCUGAAAGAGUACCGAAUCUCCAAAUCAAAACACAGACAAAUAGGAGCAGAAACAAGCGAUAAAAGCACUGCUUAUGCACGUUGAAGUCUCUUUUUUUUAAACACGAUUUUCUCAGCUUUUUGUUCAAAAUUUUGCUCUUUUUUUUUUAUAAAAGAAAGGCUCUGUUCUUUCUUUUGAUAUGUUGCAUGUUCAGAUG